UACAUCGCAGACGUUCGGGUGCCACCGCCGCUGCACCUCCCAUCUCUGACUCCUGUUUGUCUCUCUGCUUUGACUCUGACUAACCGGAGUAAAAGACGAGAAAGACAAGAAAGAAAGAAUCCUAUUAUUCUAGAGAGGAGUACGAGUCCUCAGCCAGGGGUGUGUGGGGGUGGGCGGACCACAACAAUGGCCAGGUCCUGACUGAAAUUGAAUGGAUUAGCCAAUCUAUUCUGAGCUCUAAUGAGAUUAGGGAGUCAGCGCAGACAUGGGUCGCGGCGGCGCAGCACCUUUCGUUGAGAUCUGCGGGGAGCCUCUUCCCCGUCGGCACUUCUCCGGGCGCGGAAAUGGCGUUUCUGACGGCGAGGAUGCCGCGGAUGCCAGGCGACCGUGACGGACCUUUGAAUGCGCGCUCACCUGUGCCCCCUUUGUGGCGCGCCAAUCCCUACAAGUAGCAGGAGCCAGACAAAAGUGUAGUGGAAGGGGAAACCUUCAUUCGGCAGCAGCGGCGGCGGCGGCGGUCCGUGGCAGAGGAGGACAUCAUGAAGUACCAGAAAUACAUCACGGUGAUGCAGAUGGCCAUGGGAGUGACAGCCUCCAACAAAGACUGCCUCCCCGUCAAGAGGCAGCUGUGGGUGACCCCGCAAGAUGGAGACGAAUCCCCCUCUGGCAACGCCGGGUGUUCAGAUGGGCCUACAGGUGCUACCGGCGGCGCUGGUGCUAUGGCAAUGCCUGCCACAUCCACCCUCUCUUUGCCCAUGAGCCAAGCUAAACCCUCUCUGCGUCGCAUCAAAGGCCGCAUUCACCGCAGCAAGAGCCUAGACAGCAUCGAUCUGCUCGACUCCAGCAGUGCAGCGAUGGAGGAAACGGUCAUAUGGGAACAGCACACAGUGACCCUUCACAGGGCCGCAGGAUUUGGGUUUGGCAUUGCCAUAUCAGGUGGACGAGACAACCCUCAUUUCCAGAGUGGAGAGACGUCCAUUGUGAUAUCUGAUGUGUUGAAAGGAGGUCCUGCUGAGGGACUUCUACAAGAAAAUGAUCGAGUGGUCAUGGUCAAUGCUGUCUCUAUGGACAACGUAGAACAUGCCUACGCUGUGCAGCAACUCCGCAAGAGUGGCAAAAAUGCAAAGAUAACUAUCCGUAGGAAAAGGAAAGUACAGAUCCCUGUUUCGCGGCCAGGAGACAGGGAGACGAUGUCAGAGCAUGAGGAAGAGGACAGUGAUGAGGAUGAUGGUUAUGAGCACCACAGUGGUCGUGGUGGCCCAAGUGCCUACGGAGGAGCGAGCGGAGGCACGGACACUGGCAGGCGUCAAGAGCGUGAGCGUAGCAACAGCAGCAGGCGGGAUCACAGUGCCUCAAGGGAGAGGAGCAUCUCACCGCGCUCUGAUCGCCGAUCACAAGCCUCGUCUGCUCCACCCAGGCCGGCCAAGGUCACCCUUGUCAAGUCCCGCAAAAAUGAAGAAUAUGGACUCCGGUUGGCCAGCCACAUCUUUGUGAAGGACAUCUCUCCCGAAAGCCUUGCUGCCAGGGAUGGAAACAUCCAGGAGGGAGAUGUUGUACUCAAGAUCAAUGGCACAGUUACAGAGAACCUGUCACUGAUAGAUGCCAAGAAGCUGAUUGAAAGGUCAAAGGGCAAGUUGAAGAUGGUGGUGCAGAGGGACGAGCGUGCCACUCUUCUCAACAUUCCUGAUCUCGACGACAGUAUCCCAUCAGGCAACAAUUCCGACAGAGACGACAUUUCAGAAAUUCAUUCACUGACAUCAGACCAUUCCAAUCGAUCCCUCGGGCGAGGUAGUCGAUCACGUUCACCUGACAGGCCUGAAACAUCGGACCUUCUCCGUCACUCACCUCGACAGAUCAGCAAUGGCAGUUGGAGCUUUCCGAUGAGAGCAGGUUCACUCUUGCACAGAUUACUUCCAAUCCAUCGAAGUCGAGAUGAGGAACGUGUAUCCAAACCAGGGUCCAUGUCCACACCGGUUAAAAGCUCUGAUGAUGGAGUGUUGUCACAGGCCAGCGACCAGGCCAGUUCCAGAGAUGACAAAUCGUUACCUCCGCUGCCUGAACCAAAGCCAGUCUAUGCACAGCCUGGUCAGCCUGACGUGGACCUGCCUGUGAGCCCCUCUGAUGCCCCCGUGCCCAGCGCUGCACAUGAUGACAGUAUUCUCAGGCCGAGUAUGAAGCUGGUCAAGUUCAAGAAGGGAGAGAGUGUCGGGCUGCGGUUAGCUGGAGGUAACGACGUGGGGAUUUUUGUGGCAGGAGUUUUGGAAGACAGCCCUGCAGCCAAGGAGGGACUGGAGGAGGGAGACCAGAUUCUGAGGGUGAACAAUGUGGACUUUGCUAACAUCAUCCGAGAGGAAGCAGUGCUGUUUUUGCUGGAUCUCCCAAGAGGAGAAGAAGUAACUAUUCUUGCUCAGAAGAAAAAAGAUGUGUAUCGGAGGAUAGUGGAAUCGGACGUGGGUGACUCAUUCUACAUUCGGACACAUUUUGAAUAUGAAAAAGAGUCACCGUACGGCCUGAGCUUCAACAAGGGCGAGGUGUUUCGUGUUGUAGACACGCUCUACAACGGAAAGUUGGGUUCCUGGCUUGCUAUCCGGAUUGGCAAGAACCAUCAGGAAGUGGAGAGGGGCAUCAUCCCCAACAAGAAUAGGGCUGAACAGCUAUCCAGUGUGCAGUACACCCUCCCCAAAACACCAGGGGGCGACAGAGCUGACUUCUGGAGAUUCCGAGGGUUGCGAAGUUCCAAGAGGAAUUUGCGGAAGAGCAGGGAGGACCUGUCAGCCCAGCCAGUUCAGACCAAGUUCCCUGCUUACGAGAGAGUGGUGCUGAGGGAGGCUGGGUUCCUGAGGCCAGUGGUUAUCUUUGGACCAAUAGCAGAUGUGGCAAGAGAGAAACUGGCCAGGGAGGAGCCCGAUGUUUUUGAACAAGCAAAAACACAGAAACAACAAGGAGGGGAAAAGAGCGAACCCAGGGAUGCAGGAACCGACCAGAAAAGCUCUGGCAUCAUUCGCCUGCACACCAUUAAGCAGAUCAUUGACCGAGACAAGCAUGCAGUGCUGGACAUCACCCCUAAUGCAGUGGAUCGUCUGAACUACGCUCAGUGGUAUCCGAUCGUGGUGUUUCUCAACCCAGACACCAAGCAGGGCGUGAAGACCAUGAGGACCCGCCUCUGCCCCGAGUCGAGGAAGAGUGCCAGGAAGCUCUAUGAUCGAGCUCUCAAACUAAGAAAAAACAACCACCACCUCUUCACCACAACCAUUAACUUGAACAGCAUGAAUGAUGGUUGGUUUGGAGCUCUGAAAGAAACAAUCCAGCAGCAGCAGAACCAGCUGGUGUGGGUUUCCGAGGGCAAGGCUGAUGGGGCAGCUGAGGAUGACCUGGACAUCCACGACGACCGUCUGUCCUACUUAUCGGCACCAGGCAGUGAGUAUUCCAUGUACAGCACCGAUAGCCGCCACACCUCCGACUACGAGGACACGGACACAGAGGGAGGAGCCUACACCGACCAGGAGCUGGACGAAACGCUGAACGACGAUGUGGGUCCCCCCACGGAGCCCGCCAUCACCCGCUCCUCUGAGCCCGUCCGUGAGGAUCCGCCUGUCAUCCAGGAGCCCCCUGGCUACGCUGGCUACCAGCACACAGUGCAGCCGGACCCCCUGAACCGCAUCGACCCGGCCGGGUUCAAGGCACCGGUGCCGCAGCAGGUAGCGUUUCUGAGAGCUAAAGCAGAGGCCGCUGCCGUCACUAGCAUCCCCCAGCAGCCCGAGCCCCUGCCUGAGACAAUGCCCCCUGCUGUCGACGUUACUGUAAAAACUGUAGGGGGUCUGAGCCCCGACGAGGCUCCUGCAGCUCCCCACAUGCAGCCAAGCCCCAACCCAGAGGCUGGCUCACUUAGGAGGCCCAUCCCUGAGCUAGCCCGUCAGAGCGUCACACCAGAACCUCUACAGUCUGGACUGGCCAGUUCUGAACCAAAGAUGUUUCUAAAGGAUCCGUACAUCACUGACAACACAGGGAGAACCGGUCACAGUACAAAGCCUGUGACUUACAACCCUCAGCAGGGAUAUCACCCUGACCAGCACCCGUACAGAGAUUACGACCACCCUCCAAGUCGGUAUGACGUCAGCAGCAGUGGAGUCAGCAGUGGAGGUGGUUACCCAGAACCAAAGUAUCGUAACUAUGACUCUAACCCACCCUACGAGAACAAUGUGCCUCACUACGACCAGCAACAGUGGAACCCCUACAGCCAGCCAAUCUCUACUGCCAAUUCCCAGGGCUUCGAUCACCGCAUGCCGUACGGUGACGGCCCUGACUCCCAGUACACCCCUCCUCUCCGCUACGAUGAGCCCCCGCCUCAGCAGGGAUUCGAUGGACGGCCUCGCUACGGUAAACCGACAGGUCCGGGACCUGUCCGUUAUGAUGAUCUUCCACCUCCUGCUCCGGGGCCUGACCUGCACUAUGAUCAGGAUUCUCACCUGAGCACGUACCCCACUGCUGCCCGCUCCCCUGACCCCACUGCCCAGCGGCCUGCCUAUAACCAGGGACCAACACCGCAACAGAAAGGCUACACACCUCAGCAGUAUGACCCUGUUCCUGUGAACUCUGAAACCAGCCCCACACCUCCCCCAAAAGCAGAGAACUCCUCGCCUUCCCCCGUGGACCUUCACAAACCUGCACCCGUCAGAAGCGUGCCACAGGAGGACGACCCCGCCUUGCGUCACCAGUCAGUCCUGACGAGGGUCAAGAUGUUUGAGAACAAACGCUCUGUGUCCGUGGACCGAGCCAGAGAUGCAGCGGAUUCAUCUGGGAACAAGGCAGCCGAUUUAUCCCUGAAAGCAGGUGGAGUAAUCCCUAAAGCUAAUUCUCUGAGCAACCUCGAUCAAGAGAAGACCUUCAGAGCUCCGGAGCCACAGAAGCCUCAGUCCAUAGUAGCUGAUGAUAUCGUGCGCUCCAACCAUUACGACCCUGAUGAGGACGAGGACUACUACAGGAAACAGCUGUCUUACUUUGACCGGCUACAAGUUGGCCCCAACAAACCCCAGCCACAAGCACAAACAUCCCACAACUACUCCAGGACAGAGUCAGUGGAGAAACCAAGUCCAGUGGAGAAAAAAUAUGAACCUGUUCCCCAGGUGACACCGCCACUGCCACCAGCCACACUGCCCAAACCUGCAACUGAAGCCAAACCUCCUGCUCGAGAGGAAACUGUCCAGACCAACUUCCUGCCUCAUAAGAGUUUCCCUGAGAAGUCUCCGGUUAAUGGCACAAGUGAACAGCCUCCGAAAACGGUCACUAGCACCGGGGCUCCACCAGCAUCCAGCUACAAUCGCUACGUGCCCAAGCCCUACACCACCUCUGCCCGGCCUUUUGCUCGCAUGUUCGACAGUCCGAAAUUCAACCACAACCUUUUGCCCAAUGACAAGCCUGAGAUUGCUCCAAAGGGCCGCAGCUCCAGCCCAGUGAAGCCUCAUAUACCUCCACAGCCCCAGAACACGGACCAUGACAGCGGCCUGGACACUUUCACACGCACGAUGGACCACCGCUCCAAGUACCAGCACAACAACAUCAACGCUGUGCCCAAGGCCAUCCCUGUGAGUCCCAGUGCCCUCGAUGAUGAUGAGGAUGAAGAUGAGGGCCACACAGUGGUUGCAACAGCUCGAGGCAUCUUCAACUCUAACGGAGGCGUCCUGAGCUCCAUCGAGACGGGCGUCAGCAUUAUAAUCCCACAGGGGGCCAUUCCUGACGGUGUGGAGCAGGAGAUCUACUUCAAGGUCUGCCGAGACAACAGCAUCCUGCCCCCACUGGACAAAGAGAAAGGAGAGACUUUGCUCAGCCCUCUGGUGAUGUGUGGACCUCACGGCCUCAAGUUUUUGAAGCCCGUGGAGCUGCGCUUGCCUCACUGUGCGUCAAUGACCCCUGAUGGUUGGUCUUUUGCUCUAAAAUCCUCCGACUCCUCGUCGGGUGACCCCAAAACCUGGCAGAACAAGUCUCUUCCCGGGGAUCCCAACUACCUGGUGGGAGCCAACUGUGUCUCGGUGCUCAUUGACCACUUCUGAGGACGAGGAAGGCCGGCGGGUGUGAUGUUACUGAAUGUGGAUCCAUGGUGGAUAAAAUGAAGAGGAGACACACACACACACACACACACACACACACACACACACACACACACUGACAGAUGCACUCCGAACACACGUGGAGAAUAAAGAAGAUCCAGUCAGUGCUGUUUACUGCACACGAGAAUUGAAGGCGAGACUCUUGAAAACUCUUCCCCGAUUUGAGGCUUUGAAGUGAAGUGGAACAUCGCUGCAUGCCAACAUGCCACUUAGGUUUGACAUUUUAUAUAAGGCAAAUGUGUAUUGUAAUUUCUUACAUGAAUAUAGAUGGAUGGACGGCUUUUGAGGUGGCGUAAAUGCCUCAGAAAUAUUUAUGCUAUAUAUGCAUACAGUAUAUAUAGUAGCAUAGAGAAGAUUUACUAAAGUUUUACUCCUGAAUUCAGUCAACACCUUAUUUUUUCAGUUGAAAGUGACUUGAAAACGGAACGUGUAUCUUUUUUUUAAAUGAAGGUUUGAUGCGGACGUGAGAUAAAAAACAGAGAUGGUGACAUUGUUGAAGUAUCUGUCGAAGGAGUCGGCAGAGCAAGAGCUGGAUAUGAACCCAAGUAGCACAAGUUGUAGAGACAUUGUUCCUUCACUCCCUUCCGUUUUUUCUAUGGCGACAUCUUGUAGCUUCUCUGCUCUUUUACCACAUCUCUCCUUCCAGCCUGAGGGAGAUCUAUGCAUGUUCUUUACUCAGGUCCAGUAGCCUCCUCAGUUCCCUGCUCACCUCUCUCUCUCUCCUCUCUCUUUUUAUCUCUCUGUGCGUUCUUGCACUCUCACACCAAUAAGCAGUGAUGCCUUAUCUGCAGAUUAUUCACUUUCAUCAAGAGAAAAAAAAGAAAGAAAAUAAGUUAUGAUAAAUUAUGGUAAUGUCAUUUGUUUUGCCAUUUCAUUUUUUUUACGAACCCACUGUAUAAAUAAACCUGGGUCUAACUCACAAUAACAGUCGAUAAAGGAUAACAAAGGUAUGCUCUUCUUUUAUCUGCUAUGCAUUACUUAAAAAAAAACAACGGAAAAGAAGUGGCUGUAAAUAAAUCUAGCAUUGCCUUGUUUCUUUUGUUUGUAAAUGAACUUUUUGUAUGUCUUUCUUUUUUGUAUAAAAACUUAGAGAGAGAAAAAAAAACAUGUUUUAAAAAAGCUGAAGAUAGCAAGUUAUCUUUGUAUUCUGGAUAUACCCUCGAGCCUUGGAACUUAUAACCUAACAAUGACACAUCACACGUUUUCUACCAGUGUAUUCACAUUAUGUUACAGUCACAACAAGGUCUUUUUUUAUGGCUAUUUAAGGAUCAGGAAAGUACUUUUGGCUAAAAACACAUUUAAAACAUGUUCUUUUGAAAGGGUGUGCUCUCAAAGUGUUCCCCUCACUGAUUUGUGAUACUGGAUGCUGUAUUGUGUGCCCUUAAAUGUAUUUUUGUACUAAUAGACAAUAUAUAAUGUACGGCACACCAGUACCACCUUUAUUUUUUAGACAUAACACGGCUUUAAUUGGAUAUUAGCUCUUCACGUGUGGCUGACUUUUUUUCUCCUCCUCUACAACACAAUUUUAAGUAUACCACUGUAUUAAUAAAUAAAAUCAUUUUUAAAGUAAA